CGGCGCGGGAUGUGGCGGUGGGAAGCGUAAGGCAGGAGCGGGCACAGAAAGUGGACAUGGACACCGAGAUGGACAUGCAGGAGGAAAUGGGAGGUUCUGAGAAGGGAGGAGAGGCUACUACUCCUACUCGUAAUCCUAUGCGACUCAUACCACCGGCUCAGAAGACUCUCAGAAGGACUCCUCAGAAAUCUCCGCGAAAAUCACCACAGAAGGCUCCACCGCAGAAGUCGCCGGUGAAAGCUCCACAGAGGGGGAAGGACCCGAGAGUACUGAACGAGCUUGAAGAAAUGACCAACAGCGCGAGCGACGAUAAUGCCGACGCUGACGAUGAUGGUGACGGUGACGGUGACGAUGACGAAGAUGACGAGUUUGUGGAGGAAGCAUCAUCUAUCGUCUCGGAACACUCCGAAGAAUCUGGAUCGGAGGGCGAUUGGGGUGAUGGCGGAGACGACGAUGAGGAGAAAGAGAGCAACCAUCUAUGCAUAUGUUAGACAUUGUCAAGACGACGAGGAUCAUGAUCCAGCGUCCGACUUUGAGGAGCCACUUGGAUGUGCUGUUUGUAAGGCAUUCUCACAUCGGAACUGCGACCGGAACGCGACCGACGCUGGCGGGGUGAAAUCUGCUUUUGACGAUGAAUCCUCCACAUGGCGAUGUCCCACCUGCGCAGCGAAUGGUUUGAGACCGGGGUCCCGUCGGCCACACCCGGAAUCGCGAGUCGCACAGCGCAAAAGCCCUCCUAAGGCCAAAGAUUUUAGAAGUCUGCGCAAGCGCAAAGCCAAUGACAUGGAUGAAGACGAUGCGCCAAUCGCCCGACGGCGAAAACGACGAGAUAACCCAAAGCAGGUGAAUGGAGUCGCCGCCGAUGUGGAGGAACAUGAUAAAGGUGAACCCAACGACAUACCGCUCACAAAUGGCGCGCGCAAGAGGCGGAAGUUGGUUGGGCCAAAAGUUUCAUUGAACAGAGGACCACACCAUUUGAUUGUUCAAAUUGAAGGUCUAAAUCCCAGUAAGCUGGAAAAGGCUUGCAAGUUUCCAUUGACGGCAGCUACUGCUCUGAAGCGUCGAUCAGCUCGAAGCUCGACGCCUAUUGCGAAACAAAUUGCAUCAGCAGCAUCGGCGAGCCUGACCGCCUCAACCACUCUCUACCCUAUCAUACCAGACGAUGAUAAAUCGAAACCAUAUGGUGGGAUUCUCACCGAGAAGGAAUCGAUUACUAAGGAGACGCUCCCCGGCACAUCGGAGCGGACCCGGUUCGAUGUAGCUCGAAAGAAGGCCGAAGAUGAGCAGAAAAUGAGGAUCGACUUCAUGGAGACCAUGAAUCCCUACACACAUGGACGACGAGAAAGAGAUCAGGAAGCCAAACGCAUAGGAGAAGCCAGCCUAAUCGAGUGCAUACACUUUGGCGAACACGAGAUAGACACCUGGUAUGCUGCGCCGUAUCCCGCGGAGUAUAGCUUGAAUAAAAUCCUGUGGAUAUGCGAGUUCUGCCUGAAGUACAUGAAUAGUGAAUACGUUUGUUGGAGACACAAGAUGAAAUGUCCCGCCAAGCAUCCACCAGGCGAUGAGAUCUACCGAGAUGGCUCUGUUUCGGUAUUCGAGAUUGACGGACGGAAACAUCCGGUGUACUGCCAGAAUCUGUGUCUCAUGGCGAAGUUGUUUUUGGGCUCGAAAACGCUGUACUAUGAUGUACAUCCGUUUCUGUUCUACGUGAUGACCGAGCGCGACGAAUAUGGAAUGCACCUUGUGGGAUACUUUUCAAAGGAGAAACGAGAAGGCAGCCAGAAUAACGUCUCGUGUAUCAUCACAUUGCCAAUUCACCAGCGCAAGGGCUACGGCAACCUUCUGAUUGACUUUUCGUACCUACUUUCCCGGGUUGAGAAACGUACGGGAUCCCCCGAAAAGCCUUUUUCGGACUUGGGACUUGUAUCUUACCGGAACUAUUGGAAACUGAAGCUCUGUUAUGAGCUGCGGUACCAGAAAGAUGCACUCACCAUCGCCGAUCUGUCACGACGCACCGGGAUGACUACCGACGACAUCAUAUGUGGAUUGGAAGCCCUGAAUGCACUGAUUAGAGAUCCUGUGACGGGUUACUAUGCUCUGCGUCUGGAUCAUGCGCUGUUUGAGGCCCUCAUUGAACGUUGGGAGGCAAAAGGGUACAUCAAGCUAAAUCCUAAGGCGUUGGUCUGGAGUCCAUACAUCAUGGGACGAUCCCAGGCGGAGCACCUUGAUGGCAUGCCAUUGUCGACGAUUGCUCCAAGGGCCGGAGAACAGCCCAAGGACGCCGCAACGGAUGAAAACAAACCAUCAGAAGAUCCGUAUUCCAUGAAUAUCGAUCCUGCCCUUGUGGGGGUCGGCGCUUCUAACGGCAUCCAUACCGUCACGAACGGCGAGUCUGUCCACCAGUCGUCGCCAACGCCAGUGUCUCCGUCUCCCCACCAGUCGUCUCACAGGAAGAGGCACCUGUCGUUUUCCCAGCCGCUCAUCCCAUCCGCUUUCCUUGCCAAGAUCCGCGAGAUCCCUCCUACUCGCUUCGAGAUCGUCCCACUACCUCCGGGCACUCGAGGCCGGCCAGGUGUGCUCAAGGGAACCGGCAGGGGCCGAGGGAGACCUCGUCUUGCCAGUCCCCAUGUCCGUGGAAUGGGGAAGGGCAGCUACGCAGCCACUCCUACGGCUGAACGCAGGGGCAGGGGCAGGCCGCGUCUGAACGAGAAGUCGGCGCCAGAAAACGUCACUCCAGCUCCAGCUCCACCGGCAAUGGCAAACAGCAAGAGGAUUGUUGCCAAAGCUCCGCGGAUGAGGUCGUUGACGGCGGAGGCGACAAGACCGAGGAGUACGUCGACCGAGGUAAAAAUCAGAGGCUUGGGGAAGGGAAGAGAGAAAGGUGUUGCUAGCGUCACCGCGGCGGCAACCAGUACAGUGACCGCAUCACCCUCGUCUUCCGGCUCUUCUUCCAGCUCAUCGUCUUCGGACGGAAACUGAGAAGCGGCAGGGCAACGGAGGAUAUGGGGCAACUACCUACUUAGAUUUAAUGUGCUUCACUAUAGUAGGCUUGCCCAUCUCUCUUUUAAUCAGGUUUCUUUCUUCAUUCAAGUUGUGGGCUCUUUCUUUCUUUCGUUUCUUCUCCCGCUUCUAGGUUUGCAGUUUUUCAGUUGGCCG